CAUGGGCAUGAACGACCGCGAGACGGUGGCGCUGAUCGGCGGCGGCCACGCCUUCGGCAAGACGCACGGUGCUUGCCCGACAGGCCCGGGCCCCGAUCCGACGCAGGACCCGCUGAACCCCUGGCCGGGAACUUGCGGCGAGGGCGCCAUGAAGGGAAAGGGCAACAACACCUUCACGGGCGGCUUCGAGGGCUCGUGGACGUUCACGCCCACCAAGUGGGGCAACGGCUACUUCAAGGGCCUCACCAACUUGGAGUGGGAGAAGUUCGACGGCCCGGGCGGCCACGUGCAGUGGCGCCCCGUGCCCGACACAACGCCGCCCGUGCGCAUGCUCACGGCCGACAUCGCGCUGCUGCACGACGAGAGCUACCACAACAUCUCGCUCGAGUUCGCGGCCAACCAGACCGCGCUGGACGAGGAGUUCUCGCACGCCUGGUACAAGCUCAUGUCGCGCGACCUGGGCCCCGUGGCUCGCUGCCGCGGCAAGGACGUGCCGCCCGCGCAGCCGUUCCAGAACCCGCUGCCGCCGACGCCCGCCUCGCUGGCGGACUUCGACGCCGUGCGCUCGGACAUCCGCUCGCUGCUGACCAAGUCGGUGGACGGCUUGACGAGCGACUCGAGCAGCGACGGCACGCCGUACAACGGCGCGCUGUUCGUGCACGCGGCGUGGCAGUGCGCGUCGACGUUCCGCAUCACCGACUACGCUGGCGGCUGCAACGGCGCCAGGAUCCGCUUCUCGCCGGAGAAGGACUGGCCGGUGAACGCCGGUGUGGACAAGAUCAUCUCGGCGCUGGAGCCCGUGAAGGAGUCGUACCCGACGCUGUCGACGGCCGACCUGAUCGUGCUGGCGGGCCAGGUGGCCCUCGAGGACGCCGGCAACGUGACCAUCGACUUCCUGGGUGGCCGCACGGACGCCGACAACGGCAACGGCACGGAGAUCCUGGCCCCGCGCGAGUACUACAACACGACGCUGAUCGCCGUGCGCGACAACAUCAAGAUCCUGGGCGUGUCCCCGUACGAGGCCGUGGCUCUGGCGGGCCGUCCGCGCAGCGUGGCGCAGCAGAAGGUGCUGGGCUACAGCGGCUCGUACAGCAACGACUCACUCACGCUGUCGAACGAGUACUUCCAGGUGCUCCUGAACGAGACGUGGACAGAGGUGUCGGCGAAGGAGUACAAGGCGGAGGGCAAGGACGUGUACAUGAUGGACACGGAUCUGGCUCUGCUGGCGGCGCCCGAGCUGAAGGAGGCGGUGCAGCUGUUCGCGUCCGAGGAGGCCGUCUUCAAGCACGUGUUCUCUUCGGCGUGGGCCAAGGUCAUGACGGCCGACCACUUCAACGCGAGCAGCUACUAA